GCCAAUUCCCAUAAUGGAUUUCAUAUCAGAUUUCUAAGUUUUGAGAAUGCCCAGAUGAUCCUCCCUGCAUUUGAUACAAACCCCAUUAAAGAGGACACAACUUUGUCCAAAAUCAGCAUAAUUUAGCUUUGUUUUGAGCUCCAAAACAAAUCCUACUUCAUUUGGCUUGGUUUACAAGAGUGUUUGGCCACUGCCACUUAUUCUUCAUUUCCUUUAUGAACUUUUCUAUGAACAACAAAAAUAUAAUCCCAAUCCCACUUGAUAUCUAAAAUUUUGUUUUUGAUUUUGUUUUUCAUGGUCACCCUUUUGCUUUCUCUCUUCUUUUCUUAUUAUUUUGCUUUCACCCUUUGCUUUCUACGCUUCUUACGUACCUAUAGCUUUCUGUUCUCCGUCUCUGUCUAUCCUCCAAGUGUGCACUUUUGGGUGGAUAAUUUGUUUUGGUCUCUGCUUCAAAUAUAUUUGCUCUGAUUCUUUUAAUGGCGAUGGAGGUUUGUCAAAGCUUUUGAUGCCUACUUCUUGCUUCUCUCCUCAGAGCCUUCUGGCUUUCAUAAUACAAUCUUCUCAUCAACCAUUCAAUCACUCAAUCAUCUGUGUACCUUUAACUAAGCUGCUCAAUUUUAACCAUGACUACCACUACAAAUCAAAACAGAAAGGAGAAAUUGCUUAACCAGGUUGUAACCUUGGAAAAGCAGUUGACAUCAUCAAUCCUUUCAAAAGGGACAUCGCAUUCAGAUGUCAAAGAUCUAUACCACAAAGUUUGUUCAAUUUACGAGAGAAUUUUCAUGAGUGAACACGAACAACUAGAGCUUCAAGAUGUGGAAUAUUCUCUGUGGAAGCUUCAUUACAAGCUCAUCGACGAGUUUCGAAAAAGGAUAAAGAGAAGCUCUGCAAAUGCAGAGAGCCCAAAGUUGGGGACAACACAAAGUUCUAACAAUCAUGUUGCAGAAUUUAGAUUGUUUCUAUUGGAAGCAACAAAAUUCUACCAAAAACUGAUAUUGAAAAUCAGAGAAUAUUGUGGGGUUCCAAUAGAAGGCUUGUUGUAUAAAGCAUUUGAUGUCUCGAAAGGUAUCGAUCCGAAGAACAAGAAAAAGACAUGUCAAUUCUUGUGUCACCGUCUUUUGGUUUGCCUUGGGGAUCUUGCUAGGUACAUGGAACAACAUGAAAAACCAGAUGUUCAUUCCCACAAGUGGUUAGCUGCUGCUACUCAUUAUUUGGAAGCAACAAUGGUUUGGCAUGAUAGUGGAAACCCCCAUAAUCAGUUGGCUGUAUUGGCAACAUAUGUUAACGAUCAGUUUCUUGCUAUGUAUCAUUGUGUGAGAAGUUCUGCAGCCAAAGAACCGUUUCCUGAUGCUUGGGAUAACCUUAUUUUACUAUUUGAAAGAAAUAGGUCAUCUCUUCUGCCUUCCCUCUCUAAGGAUGGCCAGUUCGAUUUCCUAAGACCAUCCGAGAAGUGCUGUUUCGAGAUGAAAUCAAAAGACGAUCACGAAUCUCUAGAGACACACUUUUUUCCUCUGCUCAUCAGAACAUUGGGUUUCUUUUUCAUAAAAUCCAGUUUGGAGGAAUUUAUAAGUACAUUUUCAUCCAUGAUGAGAUGGCUGGAUGAACUCUUGUCUUUAGAUGAUUCUGAGUUAAAUGUUUCAUUAGAGUCCUAUAAGCUUUUGGAUUCAGUGAGAACAGGUCCUUUCCGAGCCAUCCAAAUAGCUUCUGUGUUCAUCUUCAUGGUACAGAAUCUUUUUAGCAAAUUUGAUAUGAAUGAUGAGCACCAACUUGAGCUGACUCACUUGGCUUUGGUUGCUACCUUUAUUGUCAUGGGACGUCUAGUUGAGAGAUGUUUGAAGGCGAGCCAAUUGAAUUCGUGCACUCUUUUACCCGCUGUGCUCGUCUUCGUCGAGUGGUUACCGAACGUUCUUGAUGAAGUAGUAAGAUAUGGUUAUGGUGAAAAAAGUAGAAGCUCCAUGGCUUACUUUUUUGGUGUUUAUGUGAAGCUUUUAGAGAGACUGAGUAUUAAUACAACUGAGGCAGAGUGUUCUCUCGAUGUCCCUCUGUGGGAAGACUAUGAGUUAAGAGGCUUCACACCUUUAGCCUUUGCACACGAACCAUUGGAUUUCUCAUCCCACUGGGAACACAUGAACAACUUUGAAUUGGGAGCAAAACACCGUGCUUACCGCAUAAUUGUUGUUGCCACCAAAGUGUGCAAUAUGGCUAAUGAUUCUCCAAACUGGAUAAUUUAUGAUAGGACGUGGAAGGUCUUUUACACAGGAGAACAAGAUGAACUGGAAGAGCCAACUCAGGAUGUCUGUGAGAAAGAUACUCUUCAAUCUUUCCCUGUUGAAGAUGAAGAAGUCAUUCUUUUCGAUCCGCUCAUGAGGUAUAAUUCUGCACCAAUCUCGAUCGUAGGGAGCGACGAAGUUUCACCGAAAAGCAACGAGGCUGAGACGAUAUCUUCUGAUGAAUGCUUGAGGCGUGCUACGUCGCUACUUAUAGAACAGACACAGGGCCAGAGGGAUCCCUUUACUUUUCAUACAGAUGCAGAAGUACAUCAAAUAUCAGAAGCCUCCAUAUGUACAGGGCCCCCCUCACUUAGUGCCUGGGUGCUCAACAGGGGUUUUAGUAUUAACACUGAUAGAGAAAAAGGGACAAAUGGUGGUUUGCAGCCCAUUGAUGAGUUAACUCCGGAGUUUAUAAAUGGUCGAACCGAGAAUUGUGCUUCGAGUCCGAGCUGUGAAUCUGGAAAAUCGUAUCGUUUUCCUCCUCCUCCUCCCCCCUAUUCUGUCCCAGCACCAUCAGCCCCUUGUUUACCUGAUGAUGCUGUUUGGUUUAAUGGUACCAAUGCUACAAUCUGUGUUGGCCAAAUCUGUAGGGACGUGGACCGAAAUGAUACUUUGUCAAAUGAAUAUAGUCCCUUGAUUACUGGUUUUACGAACAUGUGUUCGUCCACGCAUCGAAUGAGUUCGUCUGAAUGGCUUCGCCAAUAUAGGGAGAAUCACAAUUUGAAUAGGGUGAGUAAUCAAGUAUUGGCAGUUCCCUGCAAUGCCUCUAGAAAUGAUACUUCAAGGUAUGACCAUUUGUAUCAAAUAGGGAAUCAGUUGGCUUCUAAUCCAACAAUCAAUAUGGAGAGUCCAUUUUUCCAUCCAGCAUUCCCUUCAGCUUACGGCGCAAAUGACAACCAAAAACACAUGCUCGGCCACGGUUUUGUGUCGCCGCCGCCGCCGCUUCUGCUGCACCUAAAAGAUAGAGAAUGGAAGCUCCAGAAAGAUGCUGCCUAUAUGGGGAAUUGAGGAUUUUGUUAGAUUUUGAUCAUCAUUCAACAUUUGCUGUUUCCAGAAGCCAGAAACUGUCAAAUGAAAGAGUUUGGUUUUGUAUAUAGGCGUAUAGAAAGUUGGAAAGAAUUUCACCCCUUUGCAGUGAGUUAGUUUCAAGUGAAUUUGUAUUUAUAUAAUUAUCUCACCUCAACAUUGAACAAGAUUGCUUCAUGUCUGAUGAGAUAUUGUAUCCUUAUUCUUCUGCAUUUCAUAGAACACACAGCUGAAGAAUUCUCUGCCAAAAUGUAAGGUUGGUAUUGCAUCAACCACCUUUGGGAUUUGGGAUGGUAAUUGAUGCGUUUAUCCAUUCAACUAUACUCCAGAUUCGUUCAUAGUUCAUAGAUUAUAAAAUAUGAUAUUUUGUUAAUAGAUCUUCUA